GAAGGAUAAAUGGCGUGCGUCUGGAGUUGAUAAAUUGCAAAGCUUCACGAAAGUACAAUGUGAGAUUCCUCGGGUUCCGAUUCCCAGUUGACAGCAGCCACGGCACAAGUUUCCUCCCGAACAGUACAAUUUGUCAUCAGGGUCACCAACUUGAGCAUGAAACGCGUGGUAUAUAUAACAGCAGUUCACGUUCAGCACUGCACGGCAGCAUAAAGAGAGAUUCUUCGAGUCUCAAUUAGUAGCAGAUAAAUUUUCCAAUCAGCAUCUAGACCAGAUAAAUCUCAAACCAAGAAUCUACUUUACCCGAGACUUUGCCGUGCGCUCAUUGGGCUCAAGCAUAUGCGAUAAACCGAAGUUCUAUCCGCCGCGCCAUCGCCUUCUUUCCCUCUUUAUAAAAGGCCAGCAAGGAGCUCAAGCUUCUUCCAACACCACAAUGGCUCACAACUUCGUGCCUGAUGCAUGGGGUUGGAUCAGCAGCCUGCCCCCAUUCUCCCAGUGGCGCACCAACACCAUGUCCCUCUGCAUCUGCGCCACGCCUUCAGCGUCGGCGUCAUCACAGCCGGCAUCAAUGACCCUCUCGGUUGCCAAAACACCUCCCACCCAGCCUUCCUACCUCACCUUCUCCAUCUCCGCCAACUACCGCGAGCCGAUAUUCCUGUGGACGUCGAAACCGGUCCACCUGAAAACCAAGGCGCAGCAAUCCCUGGACGAGCAAGACAUGGUGCAGCUGUUCGUCGACGUCGUGAACCAGGUGUUGCGGUACGGGCCAGACAACAGCAGCAAGCCGUCCUUCCGGUUCCCCAGGGGGCAGCAACUCCAUGGCGGCAGCUUCAGCGACGGGUUCAACAUAGUCUUCUUGUCCCUCGCCUUCCUGGUCUGCAUCUACGAGGCGCCUCGCGACCUCCGCCACGGGUGCCUGGACUCGCUGAGGACCCAGCUGACCGGUCCAAAGUGCAGAGGCGCUGCAAAGACCCUCGUCAAAAUGCUCGGCGCGAACCUCGAGGACCAGUGGAUGCAGACGAUGAACCUCGCGGUGACCAACUGGAUGGUUGAGCUGCGGUCCUCGCACCACACGCCCAGGGCAGCGUCACCGCUCUUCUCGUACGCCCUCCAGGCAAGCGGGCUCUGGAAGGUCCAGCUGUACUGCCCAGUGAUCGCCAUGGGCAUGGAGGAUCCUGCGGCAGCGGUGGCGCAGGAUGAGCGCCUUCUCUUCUCACUCACUUAUCAGCAACUUGAAGGCGUGGUCCAGCUAGCCUACAAAACAGUCAGAAGGGAUAACUGGAUUGAUAUCGAGGUAAAGGUGGAUAACAUAAGGUGCGACGUGGACCCUUUGGUCUCCGAGACCCUCAUGGCGGAGCGCGGAUAUGGUUCUGAAGAGAAGCAUUUCCCAUCUCGUGUCAUGCUGCAGAUCACACCUAUGCAACAAACAGAUGUACUGUCAGUUUCAGUCAGCAAGUCAUCCGACAACCCCACCCACGAGUUCGGUAUUGAGAAGGGCUUUGAGGGCUCGUUCGAUCCCCCACACUCAUUUGGUCUCAAGGCCUCUGUCGCUGAAAGCCUCACGCUGGCCAUGAAACCCUGGAAAUUCGAGCAGUCCGUGCACGGAAACACCGCAACCUUGAACUGGUUUCUGCACGACGGCAUGAACGGGAGGGAGGUUUGUGCUUCAAAGCCUUCCAAGCUUUCGCUGCUUCAGCCGAGGGCUUGGUUCCGUGACAGGUACUCAAAUGCGUACCGCCCAUUCACAAAGCAGGGUGGAAUCAUUUUUGCCCGCGAUGAGUAUGGAGACAGUGUAAACUGGAAGGUCUGUGGUGCGGCAUUAGGAAAGACUAUGGACUGGGAAAUCAGAGGCUGGAUUUGGCUAACCUACUGGCCAAACAAACAAAGGACCUCUCACAGUGAGACAAGGUGGCUUGAAUUCAGAGAAUGUCUGCAACUUCCCCUUACAAAGUUUCCAUAGUCUAUCUGUAGUAUUUCAAAUGAUGUGUAUAGCAGUGUUAGUGGUGUGUGUGCAUGUAAGACAGUAAGAGCUAUAAAUAAAGAAAUGAAGUUAUUAUGCUGUAGUUUUGCUAUACAUUUAAGAGAUAGAGAAAGAAAUUCCAAACGUGCCUCUUGGAGCAAUAUAAUGCAAGUCCUUUUUGUCUUUUGUGUGUGUGUGUG